AUGAGGGCGCAGAUUCAAAAAGUUCCUCAGAUUGUUGAGUUGCUGAGGAAGAAGUCUGUAGGGCUGCAGCACUUCAAACCAACAUCCUCAGUGUGCGUCCUGGAGGAGAAGGAUGCUGUGGAGGCUGCGCGCUGCCCUCACGCUGCGUCGAGAGCGCACAGCCUGGACGCGAUCCCGGGACCCACCAACUGGCCCCUGGUGGGCAGCCUGGUUGAACUUCUCCGGAAAGGAGGCCUGACAAGACAACACGAAGCACUGGUUGAUUAUCAUAAGAAAUUCGGCAAGAUUUUCCGGCUGAAGCUGGGCUCUUUUGAGUCGGUGCACAUUGGCGCACCUUGCUUGCUGGAGGCGCUCUAUCGGAAGGAGGGAAGUUACCCUCAGAGGCUGGAGAUCAAACCCUGGACAGCAUACAGAGACCUGAGAGACGAGGCGUACGGACUCCUCAUCCUGGAGGGGAAGGACUGGCAGAGGGUGAGGAGCGCUUUUCAGCAGAAGCUCAUGAAACCGACAGAGGUGGUGAAGCUUGAUCGCAAAAUAAACGAGGUGUUGGUAGACUUCGUUGGCAGAAUUGGAAAAAUGAACGUCAAUGGAAAGAUUGAAGACUUGUACUUCGAGCUGAAUAAAUGGUCGUUUGAGACCAUUUGUCUCGUCCUCUAUGACAAGAGAUUUGGUCUUCUGCAAGAGAAAGUCAACGAGGAGGCCAUGAACUUCAUCACAGCUGUGAAAACAAUGAUGAGCACCUUUGGCAUGAUGAUGGUCACACCGGUGGAGCUCCACAAGAGCCUCAACACCAAAACAUGGCAGGACCACACAGCCGCAUGGGACCGCAUUUUCAGCACAGCCAAAGUUUACAUAGACAAGAAGUUGAAGAGGAACGCCGUCAGAGCUCCCGAUGACCUGAUCGGUGACAUCUUACAUCACAGCUGUCUCUCUAAGAAGGAGCUUUACGCCGCCAUCACAGAGCUGCAGAUCGGAGGAGUCGAGACGACCGCCAACAGCAUGCUGUGGGCUAUUUUCAACCUGUCGCGUAACCCCGGCGCCCAGAGGAAGCUGCUGGAGGAGAUUAGAGAGGUGGUAGCUCCCGGCCAAGACCCAUGUGGAGAGCACAUCAAGAGCAUGCCUUACCUCAAGGCCUGCCUCAAGGAAUCUAUGAGGUUAUCGCCAUCAGUCCCAUUCACCAGCAGGACCCUGGACAAAGACACUGUGUUGGGAGAUUAUGCCAUUCCCAAAGGAACAGUUUUAAUGAUAAACAGCCACGCUCUGGGCUCUAACGAGGAGUACUUCGACGACGGGAAGCAGUUCAAACCUGAGCGCUGGCUGCGGGAGAACGGCACCAUCAACCCCUUUGCCCACGUUCCCUUCGGCAUCGGAAAGAGGAUGUGCAUCGGCCGACGGCUGGCGGAGCUGCAGCUGCAGCUGGCUAUGUGCUGGCUGGUCAGAGACUACGAGAUUGUGGCAACAGACAAUGAGCCGCUUGACGUGAUCCAUUCAGGACUUUUGGUCCCCAACAGAGAACUGCCUGUUGCCUUCAUCAGGAGAUGA